AUGCAAGUCAACAGUGCAUCCCAGCAGACUGAGAACGAUGCAGCCGCGAAGGGACAGGCCUUGUCUGGGUACGAAUCAUUGACUCGUUGGGAGACAGUGAAGACUUUCAAGAUUGCGACCUUGGUCUGUUUUGCCGCUGCGUUCAGUGCUGCUACCGACGGAUAUCAGAUCGGCAUGAAUGCUAGUAUCGUUGCCAACAAGGGAUUCGUCCUCGAAUUUGCCACCAAAACGAACGCCAAAGGUCAGCUCUUCCUGGAGUCACCCAUUCUAAGCGGUUGGAGUUCAAUCCAGUCUGUUGGUCAAAUCAUCGGUAUGACAACUCUGCCGUUCAUUUCAAGUCGAUGGGGCAGGAAGAUCUCAAUGUAUACAUACUGGUUUAUCCUCGCCAUGAGCGUUCUCGCGGAAAGUCUGGCUCGAAGGUGGGAGAUUUGGCUUCUUGCCAAACUGCUAGCCGGAAUUGGUGUUGGAUGCCUCCAGUCCACCUUGCCGACAUAUAUUGCAGAGGUAGCACCAGUCAAGAUCCGCGGCGGCCUGUUGAUGUGCUAUAGCUUCUGGUGGACUGUCGGUUCGUUCUUCGCCUAUGUUGCACUCCAGACAAUGGCCAAGAAGCACCCAUAUAUCUGGCUUCACCCAAUCUACACACAAUGGGCGCAGAUUGGAAUAAUGUUAGGAAUCUACAUCUUCCUUCCGGAGUCCCCAGCAUGGUGUGUAACAGUGAACCAAAUGGAGAGGGCGAAGAAGGAAUUGCUCCGCAUGAAUGGCAAGGUUGAAGGCUACAACGUGGAUCAACAGCUCCAGGUAUUAGUCCUUGCCAUCGAUCAUGAGCGAACCGUAGCAGCAGAACAGCGCCAAGAAAAGUGGUACGCCAUUUUCCGGGGUACUGAUGGUCGUAGAACACUCACUGCACUUUGGACCAACAUGUCCCAGCAAUUCAUCGGUCUCACGCUCUUCGGAACCUUUGGAACCUAUUUCUUCCAACAGGCAGGACUAGCAGAUCCGUUCAAGAUCAAACUGAUUACAUCCUCGCUAAACAUUGCAACUGUUAUAAUCAUUAUUUUCAUUUCUGACCGGUUAGGCCGACGAUGGAUUGCGUGUUGUGCAACUACCCUUUGCUGGGCAGCUUGCACAUGCAUCGGAAUUCUAGGCGUCACGAAAAAAGUCAGGGCAACCGAUUAUCUGUUCGUGCUCUUUGCUUGCUUGUGGAAUAUCGGCAUGACCUCUAAUGGAGCGGCGGGAUGGGGUUUCAUUGGCGAAAUCUCUUCGCAGCGCCUUCGACCAUAUACUGCAGGUUUUGGUGCCGCAGCCACCUGUGUAGUUGGCGUCGUCAUGAACGUUCUUGUUCCAUACAUGACCAAUGCAAAUGCGUGGAACUGGGGAUACAAGACGGGUUGGUUCUAUGCUGGUGUUGGUCUUCCAUGCGUCAUUGGUUGCUGGCUCUUGAUUCCAGAAACUGCUGGACGCUCGGCAGCCGAGCUAGACGAACUUUUCGAGCGGAAGAUCAAGCCAUGGCGUUUUGCGAAGACAGAGACUGCGACACAACGGGUUGUCAAUAUGGAGAAGGAGUACUGAUCGGGGUGGACAUGUGCGAACUCUACUGAGCGGGAGCGAAGAAGACCAGGAAUAUGAUGGUGAGCAGGUCACUAGUUCAUCGGUAAUACUAUUAGCAGUACUAUUGGCCUCUUUGUACAAGCACAAGUAGUCUCUCUACAAUUAGUUCUAACCUGGCUG